AUGAAUAAUUCUUCAGCACUUAAGUAAAAGUACUAAUACUCAUCGUCAAACCACGAUGAAGAUCAUCUGGAGUCAGAUGCGCCAGAGCAGGACAAAUCCAUCCCAGAUGGGAUCUACAAUCCACAUAAGUUUGUCAAUGCCUCACAGGUAGAUAUAGAGCACUAGUCAUUUAGACCUUUGAAUGAGAAAAAUGAGCACACUGAUGUUUCCGGCUACAUGCUGAAUGUGACAUCAAUCUCAAAUAACCAAUUUCUGCCAAAUGAGAUAUUCAGCAAACCUCCUAGAUUCAAAGAGGGAGGAAAAUCCGAUCUGCUUGAUUCCAAGCAUCUCAACAUUAGGAAAGUAAACUUAGAAGACAAGUUAGAGGAAAUUCAGCCUCAGCAAAACCAGGAGUACUUGUCGCAGAACAUGAUAGAACUGAAGAUAUCUCUGGAGCUAGACGAUGAGAAGAAAUUUGAUUAGGUACUUAAAAGAGAUGUGCUAGACUCGGAGGAGAUCCUUAUGUAUCUAUAUGCCUCAGUGUCUUGCUUCAACUCUGAGAAGGUCUUUGACUAGUUGCUCAGAAGGAAUAACUUCUUCAAGGUGAACAAAGAACUGAACUAGCUAUUCUCAUCUUCUAGGAUAUUUCUUCAGCUUACAGGCUUCUCUAGUUCAGCAGAGCGAAGAAAAUUUGAUCAGGUAGUUCUCAAGAUCUCAAUCGAGAGGGACUUUUAUUUCAUGACUGAGUUGAUACUGGACAGAUCUUUGAUGACUAAGGAAAUGAUUCAGAUUCUGCUAUCUGAAAACCAGAAAAAACUGCUGAUUCAACAACUUAGCAAGCCUAAGAGACCCAUCUAUCUAGAUGUAGACUAGUAUAAUUUGAAUAAUAAGCAGCACAAAUACUCUGAAGAUGUGGAAAGAGAACUCCACUUUAAUGAUAUUGUUUAUGCUGCUCUUGAUAAGAAUGAGACUUCCAGGUCUGUUAUUGAUUUGAUCAAGAUUAUGAAAAAUGAGGUGAAUUCUAAAUUUUUUGAAGAACCAGAAAAGGAAUUCAACUUGAAGGAUCUGUUCAGGAUAUUUGUGUAAAGAAGAAAGAUCAAGCUUUUGCGAUUUUUAUUUUCACUGCACAAUGAGUUUGAUUUCACCCCUUAGCUAUUUAUUGAAGCUCUUGAACUAGAAAGUUUUGAUAUUGGUGCGCUAUUGUAUAAGGAGUUUUUCAGAAGACUGAAAGAAUCCAAGAAGGAGAAUGAGUACAUCAUUACUAUUCUGAUCUCCUCUAUUAACAAGAAUAAUGGCUAAUUUGAUUUUAAAGCAUAUCUAAUCAGAUCCUACAUAGAUAUAUUCAUCCUGAGGCAUGCUAAGUAAUUCCUUGAUGCUCUUGAUUAGAAGAUAAUUUAGGAGAACAAGUUUAACAUUCUGGUGAUGAAUUUAAAUGCAGUAAAAACUGCCUGUUUAUUGGUUGAGAUACUCGAAAUGAUUUCUGAUAGAUUUGAGAGACUUAAGGUCAGAUGCAAGACCUUAAGAGGCAAGAUCGAACAGAUUACCAAGAAAUAUAUGCUUGCUAUUGACUCAGAACAGGAAAUGAGGUAUUUGCUUUUGGAAAAAGACUUUGAGAUCAGAGACUCUCUUGAAUUGAUUACUAGAUAUAAGAUAUUCCCAUUACUUGAAAGUCAGUUCGCUGACAAUGUAGUCAGAGAGAUCUGGAGAAGUCCAUAUGCUACGAACAACAGUCUAUUUUCUGCAAGUACUAAUCACAGAUUGACCUUUGGCUAUUGGAAUUGUAUAAAAGAUGAUGAGAUUAGUCAGCGAUUUUAUCACUAUAAAGAUUGUACAAAGUUUGAGGCUCAUCCCCUUUAAUUCACUGUUUGGAGAUUUUCUGGGAAGUCUCGUAUUAUUGUUGAGUUCGUUGCCACUGCUAUUGUUGCCGCAGUCAUUCAUAUUUUGAUCAAUGAUUUGCUUUUGGAAGCUCCUAAGAUUACUGAUACAAUGGAGAACUUUUUCAAAGUUGAAAACGGUUUGAAGUCAAUGACGAACAAGACCUCUCCAGAUUAUAUAAAAGCUGAAUCUAAUUAUAGAGAGCUAUAUCGUAGUAUGAGCGUUGAAGCAGAUGUGUUCUUUUAAAAAGUCCUUAAUGUCAGUUAUAUUUCAAUACUCCCUCUGUUAUUUGGGUUUUAGCAUAUCUUCAACAUCGUCUAUGCUUCCAUAAACAAGAGAAUGGUAGAUCCUUACGCAUUCCUGAAUCUUCUAGAUCUCACAGUAUUCACAAUAUUCUUCACAAAUAUUAUCGUGACUUAUGUUAAAAAUCUAUAUGGAACUUGGACUGACUAUCCGUUAAUAGGCGAUGAGACUAGAGCGGUUAUUUAUGCAAGAAACUACUAUGGAGGUUUAGUAUCAGAAGAUGCACUCUGGAUUUGUUGCAUUGUGAUACUAUGGAUUAGAGUGUUUUAUUUGCUCAGAUAUAAUGAAUUUAUGGGUAAAUUUGUAGGUGUUAUUGAAAGAUUAUUCUAUGACGUCGCCUUAUUCUUCUGCUUUUAUGUUCUAGAGCUUAUUUUCUUUGCUCUAAUAGCAGAAUUAUGUUUCAGAAGACUUACAGACUUUAAUACUUCAUUCAAAGCGUUUAAAACCUUAUUCUAUGCCUCAAUGGGUUAAUUUUCUUUUGAUGAGAUGUAGUAGGCAGAAUAUGGUGAAUACUUUGGCAUCACAUUCAUGAUUAUAUUCUUAGUCUGCAAUAUUGGCAUUGUAAUGCAUUUGUUUAUCUCUGUAAUUACUGUGCUAUAUGAUUAAUACUCAGAGCACUCAAACGUCUACUAAAUGCUGGAGACUCUUAAACUAAGAUCUUACACCUAGGCUGAUAAAGAAUACUCUGCAUUGAUAUCCUUGCCACCACCCAUGAAUAUACUACUAGUGAUAUUUGCACCUAUACUAUUGACCAGUAGGAAUCCACAAAGAGUUAAUGAGUUUAUAUUGUGCAUUGCCUACCUUCCAGUUAUGUUUGUUGUACUUCUGAUGUUUAUCCUCUACAAUAUCGUGCUUGCACCAGUGACAUACAUCAAGCUGUUUUUCCACAAACUAAUUAUGAUCUAUGUAUACUCUAAAUCUUAUCGUGUUUCUAGAGCAGAUAAGUUCAUCACAUUUGUAUUCUUCGUUUUCCUUGGACCAUUUACAUUGGCUUUGAAUGCUUUUACUGAUUUAUGGUUUUUCUUAAAGCAUCUAUGGUUGAGAGAUUUGCAAAAGACCAAGCAUAAAACUAGUCAAAGAGAAUUAAAAAAGGAGACCUUUGAGAUGCUUGAUGACUAUUUCAAGAAUAAAUCUGAGAAAAUUAUGCCUUACAAGCAAAUUGCAAUUGACAUCAGAGGUAGACUAGAUAUACUUUAAACUAUCGGGCAAGUUAUCAGACCUUAAUUGUUAUAUGGAUUCAGCAGAGAAAAUUCUUUCAAGCCUAGAUUCUCUUAACUUAAUAAUGCGAUUGAUAGUAGCACUAAGAACAUUGAACUGAUGUUUUCUUAGGUCAAUGAGUAUGCAAUUAUUAAAAGUGUGCUUGAUAAGAAUUCUGACUUUGUUAGGAUAUUUGAAAGUAACUAGAGAGUCAAGACUGUGGACUGCCAGAUUAUGCAUACUAUGAUUGCUGAUUUAUACAGGUUCAAAACAGCAAUGAAAGUGGAGGAUGAUGAGUUUAUCUUUGUAAGAAGAGCUAUCAACCUUAAAAGUAAUCUAAACAAAGAUAAGAAUGGAAACAAGCAAUCUGAAAGUGACAACCAAGAUCAAAAUCCUUUGCAAGCCUAGGUAGAAAGCGAAGGUACCAAGGAUUCUAAGAAGCGACUUAAGUCUUUGUUUAAGAAAUUGCUGUUUUUGAAUACAAAGAGAAUGCUGGAAGUUUUGGACUUCAAAGCAGGGGAGAAUGAGUCUAAAAAGCUGCUACAUACAAUAGAGAAAAUAGAUAAGUUCAAGGAACUUAAAGGAAACACCUUUGAUAACAGUGCGAUUAAGAAGAUGAGAAGUGAGUUCUUUAGAGGAGACAGCAUGAAGCAGUAUGAUGCCUUAGACUUUGACGAUAUUGAGGAGAAGGUUUACGAGAUGGGCCAGAUUAAUCCACUUCUAAACACAUCACUUACUCAAAUGAGAAAUGAAAUUCAAAACUUAAUAUAGCACCUAGCUGAUAUCCAAAAUCAGCAAUAGCAAGUUACUGAGAAAGAGAAAACUUAUCAGAAAAAGAUAAAUGGACUGUUCAAUGAACUUCAAAAUGUGAAAGAAGAUCAGCUGAACUAGAAAUAUCGCACAGAGCACGUUAUUGAGGACUACUUCUAUGAUAAACAACGGAAGAAGUCAGAAAAGAAGCAAGACAUUGAGAACUCUAAAAAUGCAGAUAGGUAGUAGGAUGAAAAGCAGGAGGUUAAGCCGAAGGCACAGGUUGAAUAACUCAGCGAGAUAAAGAUGAUCUAGCCAGCUUUGCAAUCUUAUCAGUCAAAGCAAGCUGAACCUGUUCCAUUAAAGAAAGGUGGCCACUAGAGAAUCGGAUAACCCUCCCCUCAAAAAGAAAAAUAACCCGAAACUGAGUCCGAAGUUCCAGAUGUGGAUGACGACUAUUGA